GCAGAAUCCUUAUCCCCUUUGUGUCUCAGACAAGAAUGUGGCUUCUCCAACUGCCGUCAAUCCCCAAGUUCUCCACCCCAUUCCUCCAUGGCGGCAGAACCCUCUGCUCUGCCCCAACCGCCACUACAUUCCCAGCACCAUCAGCACCGUGUUCCAUGCCUACCAUAAGAGCGAUGAAGUCGAUGCAGGGGAAGGUGGUGUGCGCCACUAACGACAAGACGGUGGCGGUGGAGGUUGUUCGUCUGGCCCCUCACCCGAAGUAUAAGAGGCGCGUGAGGAAGAAGAAGAAGUACCAGGCCCACGACCCUGAUAACCAGUUCAAGGUUGGUGACAUGGUUCAGCUUCUCAAGAGCAGGCCCAUCAGUAAGACCAAGGCUUUCGUUGCCGUUUCUGUUCCCAAGAAGGACUCCGCCAAUAACUCCGACAUUGGAAUCCCCUUGGAGUCUCAGCAACAGGCUUAGUUACACUCUCUCCCCCCUCAAUUUUAUUUCCUAUUGUUAUGUUUAUGAAAUCAUGUUCACUGUUUAAUUCACUUAUGAAUUGGGGUUUAUUUCUCUGCUUCUCCUAUUAUUCAUGUUUCUCAUCUAUCAACCUAAGUUUUUGGAGAAAGGAAGAGGGGUUUAAUGAAAUAGAAUCAGCUUCAAUGUUUAGGAUCUGAGGAAAAAAAACAAUGGGAGAAAAAGCUGAAUCUUAAAGUA